AUGCGUUACGCCUACGUCUCCUUGGCGGUUUUCGUCCUCGGCGCCACUGCCGCGCCAUCUUACCCUCGCCCAGGCUCUGAUGAUAUGGAUGAAAUGAGCAACCCAUUCAGCUCCUAUCCCUUCAUGACAGGACCAAAUUCUGGAGAUGAUAGCUUCGAUGAUGACUCGUUCGAUAAUCCGUAUCCCGCCGCCGCUAUGGAAGUGAUGAUGUCUGCCGAGUCUGCAAAGAGUAACAGCAUGCCAAAGCAGGCUGCCCCAGCAAAAGCAGCUCCGCCAACUGUUGCUGCGCCGUCUGCUGCCGCUCACCGGGCGAACAUGAAGCCUGAGACACACUACCACUCCCCGGUUCAUGAUGUGCCUGUUGUGGCAGCGGCUCACAUGCCCGUUAUCCCUCAGGUUUCUCAAGCUCCAGUUGAGACGCCCCAGCCCAUGGAGGAGCCCAAGCCUGUCGAGGCACCAAAGCCCGUUGAGCAGCCCAAGCCUGCGGAAGCACCAAAGCCUGUUGAAGCACCCAAGCCCACUGAGCAGCUCAAGCCUGUCGAGGCACCAAAGCCCAUUGAGCAGCCCAAGCCUAUCGAGGCACCCAAACCCACUGAGCAGCCCAAGCCCAUUGAGAAGCCUAAGCUCAUUGAGAAGCCUAAGCCUAUUGAGAAGCCUAAGCCUGUUGAGGCGCCCAAGCCCAUUGAGCAGCCCAAGCCUACCGAAAAGGCCAAGCCCACUGAAAAGCCUUCCCCCACGGUGAAGCCGAAGGUGUCAGAAACUCCCAAACCGUCUGUCAAGCCAGCUGCUGCUGCUGAUGACAUGUCACUGUCCGGUCUGUCUGAGCCUGAACUUGACACCUCUGAUGAGACUGCCCCGCAGCCUAAGGCCAGUCUUACUCCGGAGAACCUCCUUGCGAUGGCUGAUGAUGAAACCGAUGACGGCCAAUCAGAGUACCUUCCUCUUGAGAACGUUGUUCCUCCGAUGCCGAAGCCUGUUGCCCCUUCGCCUACUUCCCACAUUGUGCUCGCUACGCCUACGCCUACGCCUAUGUACACUCCCUCCGCUUCGUCAUUGAAGCCUCAGGCUCCUAGCUCUUUCAGCUCUAUGGUUAGGCCAACUCCUUCCGCUGUCUUGUCCAACUCGGCCAUGGCGAUGGCCAAGCAGGGUUCUACUUCUACUCCCCUUAUCCGCCACGAUACCGCCACUCCUACGAGCUCUGCUACCCCCACACCGUCCAGCUCGUCAAAGUCAAAGCUUUCCAAAGCCAAGAAGGCAGCAUCAAAGGCAAAGUCAAAGUCAAAGGCCUCUAACCCACUUAGCUCUCUUCAGAGCGUGCCACUCCUUGGUGGCCUUCUUGCAGGCCUUGGAGGGGGUCUUUAG